CAACAGAUGGCGCCAGCUACCUACUAUCGUUGCCCGGCAACCAUUUGAAUUAAUCAAAGCAUAAACACAGUGACAGGUGAAAACCUUUUUGCACUGACAGCGAAAAAUUGUGGAAAAUAAAUAUAUAUUAUGAAAUUUAUACCGCUACAUACGACAAAUACAGCUAUAGUGUACAAGAAUUCGCUAUGCUCGCUGGCAUCGCUGUUGGUUGUCGUCUUCAUCGCCUUGUCGGUCAUGCUGCCGGUUCUAUUGGUCUCCCUGCUCAGCCCCUACUCGGGCAUCUCGGAGUCACGUGUGCUCUACGAACAGCCCAACGUGCAGUUUAAAUAUCAAUACGUCUUUGUGGCCAGCCUGGCCACAAAUGAGGCAUCUUCCUCGCCUGGCUUUGUGGCCUGCAGCAGCUUUGGCAACUUUAAUGCGCGCACACAAAACUAUUCGGGCAACUGUGAGGCGAGUAAGUAUUGGACACAAGAUCUGGAUCGUGAUACGGUCACAGAUCGUCUACACUUUCGCCUGGAACUGAGUGAGCUGCCCGCCGACCUGACUAAGUUUGAUCUGCUGCUCUUCUUCGAGGCUCAACUGCGACACAAGUGUGUCUUAACUCCGCCAGCUGUGCUUGCCCAUCAACUGCAAUUGCCACAAUCAGCACGGAUGCAAAACGGACACAUCCUGCUCAAGGGUGAGUUGAAACUGAAGCAGUACGUGGAGUUCACCUGUCCCUUUCCGGGCCGCAACAUUCAGACGCACUUUCGCCAGGUGCAGCUGGACAGCAAUUCAAGUCAUGCGAACAUUGCGCAAUACAAAAUGGAAUCGUUGCUCGGCCAGGUCAAGGCCAAUCCUGCCUACUUUCAGCUGGUGGUGCAAGAGACGUACUUUAAGCCAACGGCGCCACGUCUUGAGCCCGGUUUAAUCAUCGAACUGGAGGUGGAUGUGCUGCAAGUGCCUGCCCGUUAUCACUUGAGCAUUUGGGAGCGUUUGGGACAAUUCUGGUUGUAUUUCGCCUCCUUUUUCGGCAUCUCCUUCUACAUUAUGAACAAGCUGAAGGAUUUUCUAUUCGGUCGUCAUAUCAUACGCUCCUGGGAGAUUAUACCCUGGAAGAAACUCUACUGACAU